GAAUGAGUUGGGUUGGGCCGACCAGCUACUUCUUUGGCCUUGUUACAAGUUCGAUAGGAAUUGCUGGAAAUUCUCUUCUGAUAUAUCUGGUACUAAAGAAGACUCCAAAGCAUUUGAGCACUUAUUCCGUGCUCAUUUUCAACAAUGCCAUCUGCGAUCUUGCCGCUUCCAUGGCUUCGA